AUGUCCACGACGGAAGAAGCAACGAUUAAUCCCGACGGGACCACAACGUUCGGAAAUGCCGAUGCGCCGCCGCUGAACGACACGGCGGGAGACGAAGGGACUGACGGUGCCGGGUUCGAGGAAACCGUCACAGAGGUGGCCAAAGGAAUCGAUCCAGCCUUUCUCUUUCUCGGUGUCGUUGUGGUAAUUGCCGCCCUGUACUACUAUUUCGUCAUUCGCAAGAAGAAGGAACAAGACCAGGACGAUUUCUUUGCCAAUUUGGAUGGGGAAAAGGUGAGAGACCUUUGUGGUCUUCGAGGAACCCGUGUGUCUCGGCAAGGUUCCCGCAUUCGAAUGCUUCCCGCACAGUGGUGUCCCGCUCGUUCGUCUUUCCAUGCCUUCAAUCUGAAACUCCCCGGCGAAGUUGACGAAUACUAUGCCGUCAAGGAGAAAUGUGAAUCGAUGGGUUGGGAGCCGGGUCAGACGGCCCAAAAUCCCGCACAGGCCAGUCCAGCCCACCGCGCCUUGGCGCAAGCUUUGAUGAAGCGGGCCAUUGCCGACAUCCCGAUUGUCACGCACAUCCAGAAAGAAUCCUCCGGAAUGAAUAAGUUGUACUCGCAGAGUAUGUGUUCCGUGAACCAGUGGCGGUCCUACCAGGCGGCGGAGCAGCUGGUAUCGACCGAAGUGGAAGAAGUCCGGGCGGAAGCGGACGAAAUUGAACCUGGCUGGUCGCAAGUCAUUUGGCGACAAGCGAUGCAGUACCACCAAAUGCUCAAACAGAAACACGAGCAAGAAGCCAAACAAGCCGAAGAGGCGGCCGCGAAGCGCAAGGAGAUUGAGGCUAAGGUGGCCGAGGCUAGAAAGCUUCCGCAGACCCCGGAAGAAAAGGAGGCUGCUGCCGAUAAGGCCGCACAGGAACUCUUGAAGGAUGAAGAACGAAAUCAAGAAAGCAAAAAAGCUUUCGGAAGCUCUGGUGGGAUGAAAAAAGGUUUUCUGGAUUCCAAGGGUAAGAAAAAGUAA